ACGGAGAAAUAUUCAAUUUAAGCACACAGAUAACAUGCCGUGGACAUAUCUUCUUUUAUAUAUUUUGGCUUCUUUCACUCCCUUUGUGACGGCUGGUGCUCAAUGCAAGACAGAAGUCAAUAUUCCUGGUAUGGCUCUCGAUGGUUUCGUCUUCAAAGUAAUAUCCGUAACAGCCCCACAUCAAUGUGAUAUCCGUUGCGAAAGAGAAAUCAAAUGUCAAAGUUUUAACUACGUCAUAGGGGAGAAAGUCUGCGAAUUGAAUAACCGCACCAAGGAGGCGAGGCCCCUAAAUUUCCGCGCUGACCCUACACGGUUUUAUAUGCGACGUUUUGUCGGCAGAGUUCCCUUGGGUUCCGUACCUGAAUUACCAGCGAUAUCUUGCCAGGAAAUAGAGGCGAGUGAAGGCAAAUACAACAUCAGCAACAAGCACUGGUUGGAUAGCAGUUUGACGGGACAGGCAGAGUUGGUUGAUUGUAGUGACACAGUGAGACGUGAGUUUUAG